AUGGCAGCCCCCCAGCAGCCUCUUACCUUCAACGAUGUCUUCGACGACGAAGAUGUCGACGAGCCCAAGGCCGCCAACUCGGUCCACCACAUCCGAGCCAACUCGAGCAUUAUGCAACUGAAGAAGAUUCUGGUUGCCAACCGUGGUGAAAUUCCCAUCCGGAUUUUUAGAACUGCCCAUGAGCUUUCACUGCACACUAUCGCCGUCUUCAGUUAUGAGGACCGACUUUCUAUGCAUAGGCAAAAGGCCGACGAAGCCUACGUUAUCGGCAAGCGUGGCCAAUAUACCCCGGUCGGUGCCUAUCUGGCAGGUGAUGAGAUUAUCAAGAUCGCUGUUGAGCACGGUGCUCAAUUGAUUCACCCUGGUUAUGGUUUCCUGUCAGAAAACGCUGAGUUUGCCCGAAACGUCGAGAAGGCUGGCCUCAUUUUCGUCGGACCCCAACCUGAUGUCAUUGAUGCCCUUGGCGACAAGGUCUCGGCCCGUAAACUCGCCAUUGCUGCUGGUGUUCCCGUCGUUCCCGGCACUGAGGGCGCCGUUGCCAAGUACGAAGAGGUGAAGGCCUUCACUGAUACCUAUGGCUUCCCCAUCAUUAUCAAGGCUGCCUAUGGCGGUGGUGGCCGUGGUAUGCGAGUCGUCCGCGAGCCAGGAUCUCUAAAGGAGCACUUUGAACGUGCCACCUCCGAGGCAAAGUCAGCCUUUGGCAACGGAACCGUCUUCGUGGAGCGAUUCCUCGACAAGCCCAAGCACAUCGAAGUCCAGCUGCUUGGUGAUAACCACGGCAACAUUGUCCACCUGUACGAGCGUGACUGCUCCGUUCAGCGAAGACACCAAAAGGUCGUCGAAAUUGCUCCCGCCAAGGAUCUCCCCGCCGAAACUCGUGAUGCCAUUCUCGCCGACGCUGUCAAGCUGGCUAAAUCCGUCAACUACCGCAAUGCAGGCACUGCGGAGUUCUUGGUUGACCAGCAGAACCGAUACUACUUUAUUGAGAUCAAUCCUCGUAUUCAGGUCGAGCACACAAUUACCGAAGAAAUCACUGGCAUCGACAUCGUUGCCGCUCAGAUCCAGAUUGCUGCUGGUGCCACGCUAUCUCAACUCGGACUGACCCAGGACCGCAUCUCUACCCGUGGUUUCGCUAUCCAGUGCCGUAUCACCACCGAAGACCCUGCCGAGCAGUUCCGACCCGACACGGGCAAGAUUGAGGUCUACCGAUCUGCCGGUGGUAACGGUGUCCGUCUUGAUGGUGGUAACGGAUUUGCUGGCGCCGUCAUCACUCCUUACUACGACUCCAUGUUGGUCAAAUGCACAUGCCAUGGCUCAACAUACGAAAUUGCUCGCAGAAAGGUCCUUCGUGCCUUGAUCGAGUUCCGAGUUCGAGGCGUCAAGACCAACAUCCCUUUCUUGGCUUCUCUGCUUACACACCCCGUCUUCAUUGACGGCAAUUGCUGGACGACCUUCAUUGAUGAUACCCCUGAGCUCUUUGACCUUGUUGGCAGCCAGAACCGUGCCCAAAAGCUGCUGGCCUACCUGGGAGAUGUCGCCGUCAACGGCAGCUCCAUCAAGGGACAAAUUGGCGAGCCCAAGCUCAGGACCGAGAUCAUCCCCCCCGAGAUCAUCACCUCCAAUGGUCAAAAGGUCGAUGUCUCCGAGCCUUGCCAGAAGGGCUGGAGAAACAUUCUCGUCGAGCAGGGCCCCAAAGCCUUUGCCAAGGCUGUUCGCGACUACAAGGGCUGCUUGCUCAUGGACACUACCUGGAGAGAUGCUCAUCAGUCUCUUCUUGCCACGCGUGUCCGAACCGUGGACCUCCUGAACAUUGCCAAGGAGACCAGCCAUGCCAUGUCCAACCUCUACAGUUUGGAAUGCUGGGGUGGCGCCACCUUUGACGUCGCCAUGCGAUUCCUCUACGAGGACCCCUGGGACCGUCUCCGCAAAAUGCGAAAGCUUGUUCCCAACAUUCCCUUCCAGAUGCUUUUGCGUGGAGCCAACGGCGUUGCCUACUCGUCUCUCCCGGACAAUGCCAUUGAUCACUUUGUCGACCAGGCCAAGAAGAAUGGUGUCGAUAUCUUCCGUGUUUUCGAUGCCCUGAACGAUAUUGACCAGCUCGAAGUUGGUAUCAAGGCCGUCCACAAGGCUGGCGGUGUUGCUGAGGGGACCGUGUGCUAUUCAGGAGACAGUAUUGGCAACCCUUCCCUUAUCUUGAUUGUGAAUAUGUAG